CUCAUUGUACGAAGUGCUCGCGGUUUUAGUGUGCAGCCAUUCGUGUUUGCGUUAGGACGUCCGUGGUUAGCAGCGUAAAUAGUAGCCAAUUAUUUUGAUGAUAGUGAUUUUAUUGUGUUGGAGGUAUCCCGUGAAUUCUUGUGCGAAAAAAAGUGUGACUCAAUCGCGCAUGAUUAGUGGUGUCCUUCUCAUUAUGUUUUGGGCGGUGAUUCGCGUAUUCGAGCUAUUUUCUCCGACACUGCUGUCACAAAGUACCGACGCUCGGUUCGCGGAAUAAUCGCGUAAGUGUGUAAUAACAACCGAAGCGCCGGAAUGAAUCUUAAUUGGGCAGUUGAAAAUAAUUGCAUAAUGAGCUGAUAUUCACACGUCCAAGUUUACCGAAUGAGUGGAGUAAGACAGAAUUCGGCUAACAAACAAAACAAACAGACCACCAUCGAACGGACGGCACAUUAGUAAACGUUUUCGGUGUUAGAUGGAUUAUUGUUGUGCAGAAUAAGCAUGCGUUACCGGCUUUUAGUGCUGAGUGGUUUAGCGGUAGUAGUUUUCGUAUGGAGUGCUGGAACACUUGAGCUAGGACAAACCAGCUCAACUCAAUCAACUGCCAUCAAUGUUUCAGAUAUCUUCACAUGUUGUUCAGAUGUUUACGGUUCAUGUAAAACGGCAUGCGAAAGCCUAUCAUUAGUCCAACUCGCCAUCGAUUUUAACACUAAAGAGUGGAAGUUGCACGAUAUUCACCGGUACUGUCACCCUACUCAGUCAUCCUUCUGGAAAUGCCUAAAUAGUACACUAGGAUUGAUACAACGUGGUAUAACUUGGUCGGGGCGGAUAUGUUGCUCUUUGGGGAUGUCGCUGAAAUGCCAAAAUUCGUGUGCCAUUGCUUCAAACCAAAAUGAUCUGCUCGUGGGAUGUCGGCACAGUGAUGAGCAAACAAUGUUCAGUUGCAUACAGCGCCAGGAAGAUGGCGAUCGAUGUUGUGCGAGUGCUCGGACGUCGGAAUGUUUGCUAGCGUGCAAAGAUAUAUUUAGGAGUAAGCACACGCCUACCAAACAACAGAGAGAGUUGGUGCAGAACACUUGCAUUAACAACAAUAGCAACAUUUUGCAAUGCAUCACAUCGUAUAUUGAGGUGACUGUGAACAGUAACCUGAGGCGUUAUCUUCCAUGUUGCGACUAUACAUCUGAUUAUGGGUGCAAAAAGGCAUGUCGAGGUACACUUAUGGAUGGCACCAGCACCGAAGAAGAAACUCUGGAUGUUCUUCAAACUGCAGGAUGUGGAGUUCCACUGCCACAUGAUCCGUUGUGGAAGUGUUUCUUUUCAUACGAGCAGAAGAAGGCUGCUCCCGUAAACUCCAAUGAGAUAUCCAGAAUUAACCAAGUGGGAAUGGAUUCAGCCAAAUUGCACUGCUGUUUAAAGGCAAAGACCCCUAGAUGCAGACGGUUUUGUAUUGCAACGUACUCCAAUGAGUGGACGACUAAUUUGGCGGAAUUUGAAUAUAGCUGUUUGCAGUCUUCAGAAGAAUACAAUAUGAAGCAAUGUGUUGAAGAAGUUGAUGAACCGUGUGAGCUAGGAUGUGACGGGUUGUCCUACUGCAGUAACUUCAACAAUCGCCCGACAGAGUUAUUUCGUAGCUGUAGAGCCCAAUCGGACAAUGCAGCUCGCAAUGAUGUCGAACAGUGGCGGGAACAGCAAUACAUUAAUCUACUUGGAAUCAACCUACCGAUUCGAAAUGUUAGCGAGUGUUCAUACGAGACUUGGAAAUCUAUAGCGUGUCUUCUGCAGAUAAAGCCAUGUACAUAUAGUUGCCAUUCGAAUCGAAUUUGUCGAGAAGAUUGCUAUGAGGUACUGGGUAGAUGUGUUGACUGGAAUCGAAUGACAGUAAAGCAUUCAGUUGUUUCAUUAUGCGAGAUGUUUUCGCCAGAGGCUAACAGUGACCAAGAGUGUGUUUCGUUUAAACGUUACCAGGAACCCAGUGACAUUCCUCAUAGGAAUACAGAUGUGGCGCUGGUUUCGCCUUGUAAAGGCAACCCCUGUAAUGCAACCCAAGUAUGUAUCAUUAAUCGGGAUGGAACCUAUGGUUAUACAUGCAUAAAUGGUUGUACAUUAGGAGAAGCAUCUUCCUAUUUAGUCCCAGAAGGAACUUUUAUACGGAUCCCAGUAUCUGAUACCACGAAAGGAUGCCUGAAAGUAUGCCGAUGUGGAUUAUCCGGAAGAAUUGAAAAAUGUCAACCAUUACCUUGCAUAAGUUACGAUUCUUGUGUGUUGGCUGGAAAAAAGUUCCUACAUUUGUCAUUUUUUUACGUAGAAUGUAAUAUAUGCAGCUGCUUUGCGGGGGAAAUUACCUGUACGAAAAAACAGUGUCGUGUGCAGGGCAUUACUUCCAACAAAUCGUUCACUAGUCUACCGUGCAACUGCCCUCCCCAUUACGUUCCGGUGUGUGGUCGGAACGGAAACACCUACCCUUCAGCAUGCAUUGCCAAGUGCUCGGGAAUUCAGGAUGGUGAUAUCGUAUUUGGACCGUGCCGUGCGAGAGAUCCAUGCGAGGGCGUGAGUUGCGGGCCGCUAAGCGUGUGCAUUUCGGACAGGAAUAUUUGUCUAUCAAGUAUGCAUAAACCGUGUCCUCAGUAUCGAUGUGUCAGUCUUGCAUCUGCUAACUGUUCCGUGAUCACGUCAAUCCGCGAUACAAAAUUAAAUUUUUAUCCAACAAUUUGUGAUCUUGCUAAAUCCAAUGCUAUCUAUGCAUAUCAAGAAAAGUACUUCAAGCAUUGUGAAAUUUCCCGAAAAAGGACGCAAGUCUGCGGUGUGAACGGAAUCACUUAUCGAAGCGAAUGCGAAUCCUGGAGCGACUUCUCCACGGUCGAUUAUAAUGGACCCUGCCAGGAGGUUGGCGUGAUAGGAUUUCAGCUAGAUGCGAAAUGUUCUUCGAUCAAAUGCCCGAAACGAAAAUCAUAUGAGUGCAACUGGGUAACCCCACCGGGGGCUUGCUGUCCCAUUUGCGGCACUGCCUUCAGAAUCGUGUAUUCCAGAAAGCAGGUUGAUCGAGCUCUGUAUGCACUGAAAGGGAAGAAUACAGAAAACCUAACGCUAAAUGCGAUUCUUAGAUCGCUCGAACGAUUACUGCAAACCGUCGAAUGUCGCUUGAGUGGACAGCUUACAUUCGAAAAUGAUAUUUUUGUGAUUGUAGAGAAUCUUAGUAACCAUCCGAACUACUUGCAAGUGGAAAUAUGCAGUCGCGAAGCCGAAAAACUAGUCACUUUGAUUCGUACGCAAAGCCACAGAAUUACUAGUGAGUUGAACUUAAGUGCGCUAACCGUGGCCAGCUUAGUUCAGUUGAAUGGUAAUAGUGCUACAAGAACAAAACUUGAUUUGUGGUUGGGCCUGUCAUUAGUAACAUUAGUUUUCUAUCUAUACUUUACUAACCGGUGACCGACGUUGAGAUAAUAUGUAUAAUGUGUCAUGAUGCAGUCUGUGAUAUUUCUUUAAUUUAAUGCACCAAAGCCUGAUCCAUAUUAGAUAAAUAAAUAAAUCUCUAGUCUUGAAUUUUUUUAUGCAAA